AAUUUUCUUCAAACAUAAAACAUUGUGUUACUACAUACUGUAACGUUUUCGGUAAUUGUUGAGUGUUGGUCGACAGGUACGAAAUUGAACGCCGCUGGUAUAAUCGUAGCCAGUUCCAGAUGUCUGCUUUACAAGAAAUAAAUAGUAAUGAAUCGAAUAUGUCCGCAACCGCGCAGCAAAAGGCAACCGAAAAGGCAAAUCGUCAAAUUAACCCGAUGGCUGAUUACCCUGAGUUUCUGAAGUAUAGUACUGAAGAUGGGUGUGAAUUUGAUAUAUACUGUAGGCGAAAAGCCGAUAUGGAUCCAAAAACAUUAAAAUGGGCUUUUAAAUUGGCUGAAAAAAAUGUCGGACCGCAGUACAAAACCUGUAGCCUUGGAUGGCAACCCAAAGUUAAACAGUCGGAUUUAAAUAAGAACUGGGCACGAUAUCUGGUGGCUGUUGAUCGGAAGCUCAAAAAACCUGCGGCUUAUUCGAUGUUCCGGUUUGACUUGGACUACGGGCGUUGUGUUCUGUAUUGCUAUGAAAUGCAGGUAGAUUCUGAAUUUCAGCGGAAGGGAUUGGGAGGGUUUAUGAUGUGUGCGCUCGAAAAAAUGGCUCAGCAUUAUGGAAUGGAGCGGCUGGUGUUGACUGUGCUAAAGAACAACGAAGAUGGCAUCAGAUUCUACAAAAAAUUAGGAUAUGAUAUUGAUGAAACAUCUCCAGACAAGAGCGAGAAUGCUGCUUAUGAAAUAUUUAGCAAAUCGAUGCUAUAG